AUGCACAUAUCCGAAACUCUCCUCUUCACGGCGCUUGCCAGUCUGCUGCCCGGCAUUGUUUGCAGCCAGGCACCCGUGACUGUCACGGGGCUACACACAGGCAUAGCUGAUGACGGCGAGAGGCCUACGAGGUUCAAUAUUGAGUACUUGCAAGCACUGGGCGGUCCACAAUGGGACUUGUACAUAUUAGGGCUGCGCGAAAUGCAACAGCUUGGUCAAAAUGAGUCAGAUUCCUUUUUCCAGAUUGCAGGUAUUCACGGCCGGCCCUUUACAGCAUGGAAUGGAGUCGGACAGGCCCCGGGGGCUCAAGAGACUGGAUAUUGCUUUCAUAAUGAGGUACCGUUUAUAACGUGGCAUCGGCCCUACCUUGCCUUGUACGAGCAAAUACUGGGCGGGAAAAUACAACAGAUAGCACGACGGUAUACCGGGAGAGACGCGGCCCUUUACUUGUCCGCCGCGAAUUCCUUCCGGAUACCGUUUUGGGACUGGGCCACUGACUCGAAUUUGCCGCCGGCAACGACAUGGCCCGAGAUCACGGUCAACACGCCCGAGGGUCAAGAAACCAUUCCCAAUCCGCUGUACAGCUUCGUUUGGCCCAGCGUGCCGCUCAACCACGACCCAGCGUGGUUUCCGACUACCGAUGACCCCGUCUUCUGGAACAGCACGGGGACGCAACGACACUUGAAUCCUAGCGGUAACUUGUCGCUGGUGGUGACGUCUCUACGGGACAAAGUGUACAACGUCUUUGCCAAGACCAGGGACUUUGACGUCAUGGCCUCGACAGCGAACCCUGGGCCAAGCUUUGAGGAUCCUCAUAACGAUGUUCAUAAUGCCGCGGGCACCUUCAUGUAUAAUCCCCUGUACUCGGCCUUUGAUCCCAUAUUCUGGCUUCACCAUGCCAAUGUUGAUCGGCUCUUUGCCCUCUGGCAAGCCAUCAACUACAACUCAACAUACCAGAGCAAACCCACAGACAUUGGGUCCGGUACCUGGGCUCAGCCGGGGAGUACGCAAAUGACGGCCGACUCCCCCUUGGCGCCCUUUUACCGGCCCGGCUACGGCGGCGGCGGUCCGCAGACGUUUCACACGGGCCGGACGACGGCCUCGCUCAAGACCUUUGGCUACACGUAUCCCGAAAUCAACGACUGGUCGACAAGUCCGGACCGCACGCGGCAGCUCGUCAUUCGGCAGGUCAACUCGCUGUACGGGCCGAAUCUGGUCACGCCGCCACCGCACGGGUCUGGAGGAGGUCCUCCAUCUUCUCGUCAUCGCCGCCAUAGUACUGAGCGGGACAAUGAAGCCAACUGGCCGCGACGGCAGCGGCAGCGGCAGCGGCAGUACUACGUCCAGAUUGGAGUCGAGCGGUCCGAGCUCUCUCUCCCCUGCGAAGUUCAAGUCCUCCUGGGCAACGACACGGUCGCCGGGUCUGCAGCCAUCAUGGCCUUGCCGCCUGCGGGCUUGACCCAUACAGAAAUCCAGCUCAACCGGGAGAUUAAGCGGUUCGCUCCAUGUGUCGAAGACAAGACCGUGGUGCCGCUGCUCGAGCAGAGGCUUAGGGUGGAGAUUAGAAAGCGAGACGGCACCCUCAUCCCCACCGACUCGGUAGUAAGCCUGACGAUCAACGUUGAGAGCGUUGACGUCGAGUUUUUAGACCUUGACGAUGAGCUUCCAAUCUACGGACCUAGCACAAAAUAUCCAAAACUCGGACGGCCCGCCGCGGGAUAUCCUUUGCCUCGGAGGCGAGAUUACAGCAUUUGA